AUGACAGCCUCACCUUGCGCCGCGGCGCUCUCUUCCGCACUCUUCCGCUCGAUUCACCCUGGCGCGCUGCGCCAGUGCUGGGAUCCACUGCGUACGCACAACCUCCAUGCAUGCAACCGCUUCUUUGACCUUUUCGAGGACGUGACGCAUCCGACGCAGCUCGAGGGCAAGUCUUGGAUUCCAUCUCCGCUCCUCCUGCGGCUGCCACCACCCUUUCGGACGCUCAACACCUCCGACGGCAUCAACAACGCACACUCACACGCUCCGCUCCCCACCUCACACCUCGAGCGACCUCAACCUGAUCCCAGGCUGCCACAAAUUGACGCUUGCCUGCCUCGCUCCGUCUGUCAUCUCCGCCACCUCCGCCACCUGCUCGACAACCUCGACAAGUGCUACUGCCAAGCCCGCUCGUUGUUGCAGAGCCGCUGCCAAAGCCACCAUCCGGGCGCAUGUCCCACCGCCGAGCCCGCUCCUCAUUUCAUCUGUCGUCACCAGAACGUCGGCGCACCACCUCGCUGUUGUCUGACCCCUCGACCUGCUCUCGAUACAAAGUUCCGCUCGCUCAUCUCUGCACCGGUCAGCUCGGCCUUCAGCCAAUUCGUGCACGUAUCAACGCUCUCGCCAAUCAUGUCACGUUCCGAAUCGGACGAACGCGAUAGCGCAUUUGCCUCUGGCAACGGCUCUGGACCGUCGCACGCAUCAGAGUACGUUCCCUCUCGUCUCGACCGACAUGGCUUGACACAUCCGGCAGAUGAUGCGCUUCGUGCCACACAAGACCGCUACAGAGAUCCAUAUCCAGAGCAAGAUCCAUAUGCAGGCGGCUCGCAACGCUUCAGAGGAGCACCAGUGAGCCCGUCCCAGGAACGCCAGUACCAGCACGAGCUCGAAAUGAUGAAGGCACGGGAAGAGCAAGAGCGAUUCUACGCCACGUCUUCGUCACGUGGUGGACGCGGUGCCCCAGAAGGCAACGAGGUGUAUGCCGGGGUCCCCGCCGCCAGCGCAGAAGCCAGCGGGUUCGGACCGCGAGCAUCUUCGAGCGAAAAACCGAACCUAGAAGGCUUCUCCCGGGUCGAGAACGGCAGGCGCUACCGCCUUGUUGUGGUGCAACAUCCGAGUCGAGCGCGAAUGUGCGGAUUCGGCGACAAGGAUCGACGUCCGCUCAGCCCAACCCUGCUGGUGAAGCUCGUCAUUACGGACGAGGCAACAGGCGACGAGAUAAGCCCUCUCGACGUCAACACGUCCCUCUUUCUUCUUGCCACCGACCUCUGCCACCCAGACGACCUGAUGCUCGCACCGCGCAACAUCCUCGUUCAUCAUCACGCCUCAUCUCUACCUGUCAAUCCGAUGCAACAGGGUGGUCACCACGGAUACUCACAGGACGAGUACGCCACGCCGCACGGAUCGAGCUACGGCAACUUCGCAGCCGAAGGUCCUUCGGAUGCCGACUACCGGGCUGGAGGCGGUUUUGGAGCGGGCAUUCCACGCUCGGGGUCUCCUUCCGGUGCUCCGGACGCACGCAGCUCUACGAACACACAAAUGUCGUUCGCGAGUAGUGGAGGCAACGUGAUCGCGGGUCAAGGCGAAUCGUACACGCGCAACCUGGUGGGCGCGGCGGUGGCGAGCGCGUCCGUGCUCAAGGACGAGCAGGACAAGUGGUGUACCUUCUUCGUCUUCCAAGACAUCUCGGUGCGUACUGAAGGCGUCUACCGCAUCAAGCUCAUGUUUGUCAAUCUCGAGGUCAACGGUCGCGUCGGCACGGGCGUCUCGGAGGCGCUCGCCGAAACCUACACCGAGCCGUUCACCGUCUACUCGCCACGGCGCUUCCCGGGCAUGCUGGAUCCAACGCCGCUCUCGCGCAAGCUCGCAUCACAGGGUAUCAAGAUCCCCGUGCGUAAUGACAAGAAGAAGCAGCGCCGACGCAAUGAUGACGGCGACAUGGGUGCAGAUGACGACGGGGGCUCAGGCGGCGACGACGACGAUGAUUAG